AACAAUUCACAACAGUCACUCAGUUGCAGUUUUUGUUCGUUCAAUUUUAACGGAUUCUGCCCAUUUCAAUUUCGUCGAUCCUCCACAGUUUUAACGAGAAAAAUAUUUUCUGGAUUUCUUUCAGCAAUCGCUCUUCCUAGCUGCCGUUGAUCUUCAUCUCGUUCUUCUCCGUCCGUCGCCGCCGUCAAAGGAGCCUCCCGCCGCCCCCUCUCUCCACCGGAAGCGAUUCAUUGCAGAAACCAAUUUGUGCAUCCCUUAAGUUGUUAUGGCUCCAGUAGCAAGAGAUGUUUGCGUUGUUGGUGUUGCCCGCACGCCAAUGGGCGCCUUUCUUGGCUCCCUUUCAUCGUUGUCAGCUACCAAGCUUGGAUCCAUAGCUAUUGAAAGUGCUCUUAAGAGAGGAAAUGUCGAGCCAUCCCUUGUAGAAGAAGUUUUCUUUGGGAAUGUACUUAGCGCAAACCUGGGGCAAGCUCCUGCCAGGCAAGCAGCUCUGGGUGCAGGAAUACCAAACACUGUUAUUUGCACGACUGUCAACAAAGUCUGUGCCUCCGGGAUGAAAGCAACGAUGCUUGCUGCACAAAGUAUCCAGUUAGGCAUCAAUGAUGUCGUUGUGGCCGGUGGCAUGGAAAGCAUGUCGAAUGUUCCCAAAUACAUUGCAGAAGCAAGGAAAGGAUCUCGCCUCGGGCAUGACUCACUAGUUGAUGGAAUGCUCAAGGAUGGGUUGUGGGAUGUCUACAAUGACUGUGGAAUGGGAGUUUGUGCUGAAUUGUGCGUUGAAAAUCAUAAAUUAACAAGAGAAGAGCAGGAUGAUUUUGCAGUUCAGAGUUUUGAGCGUGGCAUUGCUGCUCAAAAUGCUGGUGCUUUUGCAUGGGAGAUUGUGCCAGUUGAAGUGUCAGGAGGAAGGGGAAAGCCAUCAACUGUUGUUGACAAGGAUGAAGGUUUAGGGAAGUUUGAUGCAUCAAAGUUGAGGAAACUUCGACCAAGUUUUAAGGAAACUGGAGGUACUGUGACGGCUGGUAACUCUUCUAGCAUAAGCGAUGGUGCUGCUGCUAUUGUCUUAGUAAGUGGAGAAAAGGCUGCUGAGCUUGGUUUAACUGUGAUUGCAAAGAUCAGGGGAUAUGCAGAUGCUGCUCAAGCACCUGAACUUUUUACAACUGCUCCGGCUCUUGCAAUUCCAAAGGCUAUAAAAAAUGCUGGUCUAGAAGCUUCUCAAGUUGACUAUUACGAAAUCAACGAAGCUUUUGCAGCUGUGGCUCUUGCAAACCAGAAGUUAUUGGGGCUUGAUGGGGAGAAAGUUAAUGUGCAUGGCGGAGCUGUAGCUUUGGGGCAUCCACUUGGAUGCAGUGGAGCUCGGAUAUUGGUUACACUUCUCGGGGUGUUGAAGCAGAAGAAUGGGAAAUACGGAGUAGGCGGGGUGUGCAACGGGGGAGGGGGUGCCUCGGCCCUCGUGUUGGAGCUGCUUUGAUCAUAUAUAGUCCCUUCUUCUAUUAGUAGUUCUAUACCAAAGGGGGUUUAAAUGGACGAUGGCCUCCUCAGGCAUAUUAUGUUUCAUAAUAAUAAAACGUUACUUCUUCU